AUGGCGGAUCUUUCCAUCCCAGCUUCUCAGCAAUCUGUCUCUUCCAUUUCAGUUAAUACUAAGCCUGAUCAACCCAAUAAGAUCAAGACUGUCAAAAUUAGUAACCUUCCCUCGGGGGCCUCUGCACGAGAUAUCAGAGAAUUUUUUUCCUCGUCUGGUGAGAUCGAAUAUAUUGAGAUGCACAGUUACUUUGAGCAGUCUCAGAUAGCAUAUGUUACCUUCAAAGAUUCUAAAGGGGCAGAUAAUGCAGCUCGGCAGACGGGCAACACAAUCCUUGGUUCAGCUGUCAUCAUAACUCUGGCUUCAGAUAAUCAGCUUCCUCGCUCCGCUUCAUCAUCUCCUCAAGCAAUUAAAGGUGGAGCUGAAUCUCCACUUCGAAAGGCAGAGGGUGCUGUCAGCAGCAUUCUUGCAAAGGGUUACGUAUUAAGUAAAGGUGCUCUUGACAGAGCAAAAACCUUUGAUGAGAGGCACCACCUGACUCGCUCAACGAGUGAAAAAAUUGCUUCAUUUGACAAAAAAAUUGGGCUCAGUGAGAAGGUGAUUUUUGGUGCUUCAGUUGUAAAUGGAAAAGUACAGGAAGUGGACCAAAAACUUCAGGUUUCAGAGAAAGUCAAGUCAGCAUAUGCAACUGCUGGACAAACAGUGACUAGUGCUAGAUCAGCUGUAAUGAAUAACGGGUAUGUAAAUUCAGGGGCGUCGAUGGUCACAGGAGCCUUUGAUAAAGUCGCAACUGCAGCUGAGGGAGUCGGUAAAAAUACCAAGGCAAAAUUAGGAAUGAAUGACAAGCAAGCCAGUACCAACAAUUCCGGGUCUCCUCAACCAUCUGAUGGAAGGGAGCAACUCACGUCAGCGCCUUCAAUGAACAAGCAUUUCAGUAUUGGUGGUAACUGUAAUAUUGAAGGUUCCUUUCUGAUAGAAAUUGUUAUGAUUGAUCCUAACUCGCACACUUAUUCUUGUUUUGCAGAAAACCAGUUAAAAUCAAAUUGCUACCGUGGUACUGUUAAUAACGUUGUGCUUAACAGAACGGAAAGGGCUUCAUGGUACUAG